CUCUCUAAGGAAGUAAUGUGUAAAGCGAUAAUGGCAACUGAAUCGACGUCGUUUAUGCAGUUUGACUACUGUAACCUCUGUAAAAUAAGCCACACAAAGCGGAAGAAGCACGUCUACUCUAAAAGACAUCAAGAAAUAUUGCAAAACAUACUCAAGAAGUUUGAGAAGAAGAUACAGGAUGGGCGUAUGUGUAUUGACAACCCAGGUGUUGAGGCUCUGGGGUGGGAGAACGGAGCAAUGUUCUGGUGUUACUUCUGUGAGUUGGAGAUCAGCAAACACAGGGUGGAGCCUGACUGUACGGUCAAACAUGGAGGACUUAUACUGCACUUAGCAAGUGAUGAUCACGCAAAGAAGACUGGUGAAUUUUUCUGGAAGAAUAUCAUUGAUAAGAAAAAGAAAGCUAAAUAUAUCCUCAGUAAAGAAGAUGCAGAGAGGUUCAGCAACAAGGCGGACACAGCGGUGACUGUGUACAGACAGAGGGUGAAGACACAGCUGACACAGAUUGCGAGCAAGAUACGAAGUCAGGUUGCCCAGAGAAACCAGGUGACCAACAGACCAAGUGUUAGGAUGCAGGCGCCUUGGACCCAGACAUCUACAAAGCAGAUAUCCCAGCAUUCAGUUCCUGGUAAUGUGACUCCCAGAAUGUCCAGUAGCCAUGGCAACAGUCAUGCUGUUGGCGUUCCAGGAAAGAAGACAGUUUCAGCUGAGGCAGUUGGCUUGACAUCCAUCGUUGCUCACAGCGAUAAGCUUUCAGAGGUGGAGGAUAGAAAGGAAGGGGAGGGCAAUGUGUUCACUGGUGCCACGGCCCCCUGGAUGAUGGAGGAAGAUGAGGAUACUGGGUCUGGGGAGAUAGGGCCAUCAGUGCCAGAGUACAAUAAACACUUGGAGAGAGAAAAGAAAAAGAAGUUGCCAGCUAACCGUGUCGGUGCCAAGUUUGAUCACAAGUCGCAGACAUCUGCAUCAUGGCUGCCAUCCUUUGGAGGUGUCUGGCACCAGGGGAGACGACUCAACUCUAAGAUCCAGUUCGAGAGGAGGACUGGUGGAAAGGCAAUGCUGGCAAGACCGGACACCUCUCAGUUGCCACGCCAACCAGAAACUGUGAUACCCUACAAACGGAAGAAGAGAGAGUCGGAAACAAACACAUCCACAGGAAUACAGCUCAUCUCCUCACCACUGGUUGAACAAGCUGAUCCAUACACUGGGCAUCAAUACCAUGACAGCGUUGCCAGGGUGAUACCUGUCUCAUCUUCCUUUGUACAGCUGCCGGGGGUCAGUUUCCCUGUAUCUGCAGCUGCAGAUGGUGGCGGAACAAGCAGUGCUGAUCAAUGGGAGCAGGAAGCGGAGACGGUGAAGGUCACUCCACGUGUCAGCAGGACAGAAACAUUGGCCUUUGACAACGUGAACAGUAGGGUUGAAAUCAGGAGCAAGGAUGAGGGACCAUAUCAAGGGGGAAAGGAUGUACAGGUUUCUAACACAGCACAUGAUAGCAUACAGAGAACUUUGGUCAGUAAUCAGACCUGUUCACAUGAUUUACAGCUAUCAGUUGGAUCAUCCUCAGUGUCAUUGUUCCCAGUAUCUGUGAAGAAUCAGCCUGUAGGACGGGCUUCAGAUGACAAGCCCCCAAUAAAGAGAGGUCCAUCUCCUGCUGAUUUAGUUCCAUACAAACGUAAGAAGAGGCCAGUGAGAGUGACAGAACCAAGCAAAACUAUGCACAGUGAUGUGGGUCACAUGUUCACCCAGGCCUGUGAUCACGCCUUCACCCACCAGACACAAGGAAGUCAGCAGGGGUACUCAGGCUACAAGAACACCAACCUACCUCCACCUUCUGUACGACCCAUGACUCCACCUCCUCACAGACACUAUAUGACUCCCUAUGGUGGAACCAACACCCAGUCCUAUCCUGGCCACAGUGUGAACAAUGGUUACGCAUACAGACAUCAGGUUGUUAGGGGAGGCAACUUUCACAGUAACAUGCCUCCGGUACAACCAGGGCUUCAACAUAAUGGCACAUUGCCUCAUUCUUCCCAUACAAGCCUACACCAGAUUUAUAUGUCUGCCAGACUGCCAGUACAGGCUCCUACUGCUGUUGGUUCCUCAGCACCAAAUACAUCCUAUGGUGGACUUCAACAUACCUUUGUCAGACCAACAGCCCAGGCUAUUCUACAGGGUUCCUCAGCACCAAGUACAUCCUAUGGUGGACCUCAACAUACCUAUAUCAGACCAACAGCCCAAGCGGUUCUACAGGGUUCCUCAGCACCAAGUACAUCUCAAGGGAAUGGGAUGAACUUGUUUCAAAGCAUCAGUGCGGCAGUGAGACUGCCUCAUUAAACCAGCUAUUGACUGAGUGAACACUGUAAGUGAACCAAACGUUGUCAGUUCUGAAAAUGUUAAUAAAUAUUGUUUUCCGUUAAA